AUGAGGCCACCAGCUUCAAAGUCUCAAUCAGUUACGAGGAAGCCCAUCUCAAUUGCAGUAGAUCCUAAAAAAGCUCAAGAUCUUAGAAACAGACUUAUUGACCGCGGAAUCAGCCCAGUACCCCUUCCUUCAGUUAAGCGGCCAAAAAUGCAAAAUGCUUCAUUUAGUUUAAUAAAGAAGCCCAAAGAGAUCUUACUUGUUACAGAACCUAAAUCUCCCAGCGUAGUCUUUUUUCAGCAACGCCCACCGACAACAGAAAACUCAAUCUUAAGAGAUCUUCCAAGCCGCGUAUCGACAUCCGGGUACAUUGGAGCCGGAAAGCUACGUCCUAGUACUGCAUCCAAAAAGCAGUAUGUUCUCAAGAACAUGGAUUUAGAUAUAUCAAAUGCUUCAAAAUCCAGGCCAGUCACAACACAAAAUUCACGAUCCUACAUUAGAAAUCCUGGCUCAUUCAAAAACUUUUCAGUAGACGAAAGUUUCAGAGCAAUGAGUCUUGUGCAGCAAAUGAAAGGGGUUAAGACUCCCAGAAAAAGCUUCGCCAAGCAGCAGCCUUCAUUUUUCAAUGAUGAGCCUAAAGACGAAAAUUUCCCUCCUUAUCAAGAAACAAUUGGCAAAAUUGACCUAAAUGAUGUAGAUUUAUUUAUUAAAAGCUUGCAAGAAGAACCUCAAGAUGGGAAUUUCUUAUAUUGUAUGCAAGAAGAGCCGCACAAUCCUUAUCACUUAAAAUCAAUAAUAUCACCUCAAAGUAUUGAUUUCUAUUAUACAGUUUCCAAAAGUGGAGUUUCUGUGUUUAUCGAAGGCUCUCCUGUAGAAUUCACCAAACUUUCAGACUGGCUCGUGGAGAGAGAAGCGUUUAAUCAACUUAGGUCUAUUCCUUUCUUUAGAAAAUUCAGGAUUUGGAAGACUUGCAUCAUGUGGAAAAGAAAUGUUAAUAGAUAUAGAAAAGGAAAAAGGACAAAGAUGCUUGAAGAAAAAUUAUUCUGGGUUGACAAAGUGUACAGUGAGUUGCUUACGCAGCAUAGGUCUAUAUGUAGUGAUAUUGAAAGAUUAAGAUUUAUUGAUUUACCAUCUGCAAGUGAAGGGAUGAGCCUUGACGCUUUUCACGAAAUGCAAGAAAAAAGGCAAGAUGAAGUUAAAGGGAAGCUUGAACAGUUUGCAGCAAGCUUGAGGGAUAAUAUUAACAGCCACAUCAGACAAAUUAUGGACGAAUUGAGAGAAAAAAUUGUUAGUGAUAUUGCUAGUGAAAAAAAUUACGUCAGAGGAGGCCCAGGAAACUUAAUUCCUCCAAGUCGUCACAUAUGUGCAUUAUAUGAAAAAAUGGGUUUUCCCGAAAAUAUGAGUUUUGGGCAAAGGUCUCUCUUAAGAAGAGAAUGUUCACGUUUUAUCCGAUUUUCAUAUCUCGCUGACUUUUAUGUGCUAGAAAGUCUAACUCACAUUUAUGUCUGGUCAACCGAAGAACUAGUUGACAGAAUCUCAGAUCUUGUAAAAAUGCAUCAAAACCAAGAUUUCAAAGUAAAAAGAUUGAAGCACAACAACCCACUAUUCUCAGUGCAGCUUGAAAUUUCUGAAAGCACAGUCCCAGAGUCAGAAAAAGAUAGAGUUGAAGUAUUCGAAUUUGUCCCGCCACCACAAGGAAAUAGUGAGCCUGACGAUUUUAACCCAAAUUUGCAUCUUUCAUUGGUAUCUGAAAACGCUGAUUCUGACUCACCCAUAAAGCUUAGAGGGGAUGAAGUUGUUGGAGUUAAAUGCAUAGUCCCAAGAAUCCUUGAUUUUUAUGCUAAAUUGAGCCCUGAAAUGGAUGAGAUGGUAGAAAGUAUGGUAGAAAUUAUUUCUGAUGGGCUGGAAAAUAUUCUUGUUAUAGAAAGAUGGAGCAGACAUCCAGAACUUGAAGACUUUGCUACAGCACUUGAAGAAUGGGAUGAUAAAGUAGCUGAAAACUGGGAAGUUGCGCAGGAACUGUUUUUAGAUCCCAGAUCAUGGCUGAGUGAUCAUCCUUUGUUCAGUAUGAUACAAGAAGGCUUGCAAGAUAUUUUAGCCAGAGCUUAUAGUCAAAUAUCAGAACUGAUAAAGCCAUUACAUUACCCUAUACAUGCUAUUUGGGAAAAUUCACUGAUUAAUACAGAAAUAUUCAGCAAUGAAAGAUUAAAAAACCAAUAUGAUGCUUUUCUAUAUGUUUUCACCAAAUUUAGACACCAGCUUAAAACUUUUAACUUAGUCCCAUCUAUUGUAUCCACCCAACUUAUUAAGCUUGACUGCACAGAAGCCAAAUCUAAAUUAUUGUCAUCUCCAAAAUCAUUUAUAGACUAUUUCACAGAGCUCCUCCCCCGCCUUUUGAAAGAGCGAACUAUAAAAAUCCGUGAAUGGAUAGUCUCAUCAAUUCGCAUGCUUCCUAUGAAGGUCUCAAGUGUAGAUGAGUUUGUGGUCCAAAGGAACGCUUUAUCUACUAUUAAUGGCAAAAUGAACGAGAAAAAGCAAUACUUGCAAACCAUUUCUGAGCUUUUUAAACUUGCAAAAGAAAUUGACUUGGAGAUCCCGAAAGAAGACUCUGAUGCCUUUUCAGAUAUUUACCAUUUAUUGAAUACCUUGACGAAUAACAUCAUUUUUGCUGAAAGCAACGUGGAUAAAUAUAUCCUUACAUUUAGAAAAGAUGUAAAUUUAAUGGUCCCUGACUAUUUGGAAGAAGUUAAAACCCUAGACUUGAAGGUGACAGAUGAAAAAUAUCUGAAAAAAGACACUGUAGCAGCAUUUGCAAUUAGAGAGUUAGAAGAGUACUUAGUUAAAUGUGAACAAUUGGAAAAUUUAGGAGACAGAAUUAAUAGUUUCCAAAGGAUCCUUGAUUUGCAAAUAGUCAAGUUCGAACAGAUCGAGACAGUCAGAGAGCAGCUUGACUUAAGAGUGGCUUUGUGGAGAGGACUGAGAGACUGGAGAAAGCUCCAGGGAGAGUGGACAACAACUCCAUUUAAGCUUAUCAAUGCCAAAUUCAUCAGAGAAAAGUCAGAAGAGUUCAGCAAAAUUGUCUCAAGGUGCGAAAACUCCUUACCAGAGAGCACAGUCAUCAAAGAGUUUAAAGAGCUUGUAUAUGAUUUCAGAGAGACCAUGCCAGUUGUCGAAGCAAUGAGAUCUCCACUGGAAGAAUCUCAUUGGAAACAAAUAAAAGAAAUCAUAGGGAAGGACUUUGAAAUUAAUGAUGAGUUCACCUUAGGAGAUCUUAUGAGGUUAGACGUUGUUAGCAAGCAAACUGAAAUCCAGCAAAUUGCAACCCAAGCUGCACAAGAAGGGCAGCUUAAGAUACAACUAGACGACGUUAAAGCUAUCUGGCAAGAACAAGAGCUCCCAGUGCAGACUUAUAAAGAGCAUAGAGAUAUUUGGAUCUUAGGAGACAUUGAAGAAAUGUUGAGCAGCUUGGAUGACUCUUGUGCUAAGCUGAGUAUGAUUGCCGGGAACAGAUAUGUGGCUGUCAUCAGAGAAGACGUAAAUAAAUGGAAAGACGAUUUAAACACUAUGCAGGAUAUAAUGGAAGAAUGGAUUACCUGCCAAAAAAGCUGGAUGUAUUUGGAAAACAUUUUCAGCUCUGGGGAUAUUAAAAGGCAUCUGCAUCAAGAGUCAGCUAUGUUUGAAGGAGUUGAUAAGUUCUUCAGAAACCUCAUGAAAAAGACUGCACAAAGAAACCAAGCACUUAGGGCAACUGUAGGAGUAGCUGGCUUAUUAACAGAACUCAAACGCCACAAUGCAACGCUAGACCAAGUUCAAAGACAGCUCAAUAAGUAUCUUGAAACCAAGCGACGAAGCUUCCCAAGGUUUUAUUUCUUAUCAGAUGAUGAACUAUUGCAUAUUCUUGCAAAUGCUCAUGACCCUCACAAGGUGCAGCCGCAUUUGAAAAAAUGCUUUGAUAAUAUAAAUGCUCUAGACUUCGGCAGUGAGCCUAAAUCAGUUGAUAUUUUUGCGAUGGAAUCACAUGAAGGGGAAAAAGUGUACUUCGCUGGCAAAGUUCUCAAAGCAAGAGGCAUGGUUGAAGAAUGGCUUAGUAACGUGCAGGCUGCUAUGAUUGAUGUCCUCAUGAAAGCUAUGGCAAUUGGAAGAGAUGACUUGGAAGGCCAGGAAAGAAAAGAAUGGGUUUUAAAGCAUCCAGGCCAAGUAAUUGCAACUGUUGUCCAAAUCAAUUGAUGCUCAGAAACAGAAUCUGCCAUAGAAGCUGUUACUGAUACUCCUUCGUCUCUUGAAGAUUGGUUUAACCUCAACACAACUCAAUUAGAACAGCUGGUCGAGCUUGUCCGUGGCUCUCUGACUCCUCUCCAAAGAAAAGUCAUAGUUUCAUUAAUCACUACAGAUGUCCAUGGCAGAGAUAUUAUAGACAUACUUAAAGGCGAAGGAGUUGAGUCUAUCAAUGAUUUUUUAUGGCAGCAACAGCUAAGAUAUUAUUGGGAAAAGGAGAGCGAUAUUGUCAUUAUAAGACAAAUCAAUGCUCUGCUGUAUUAUGGCUACGAAUAUAUGGGAGCUACAUCUAGGCUUGUUAUUACACCAUUGACUGACAGAUGCUGGAUCACUAUUACUUCAGCACUUAAUAUAAAACUAGGAGCGUCUCCAGCUGGGCCUGCAGGAACAGGCAAAACAGAGUCUACAAAGGAUCUUGCAAAGGCAAUAGGAAUGCAGUGUGUUGUCUUUAACUGCUCUGAGCAAAUCACUUAUAAAAUGAUGGGGAGACUUUUUUCAGGAUUAGCGCAGCAAGGCGCGUGGAGCUGUUUGGAUGAGUUCAACCGUAUUGAUAUAGAAGUGCUUUCUGUUAUUGCUCAGCAGCUACUCACAAUUCAAAAUGCACUGAGAGAGGGAGUUGCUGAGUUCCUGUUUGAAGACUCUAUGAUACCGUUGAAAACCACAUGUGGAGUUUUCAUUACUAUGAAUCCUGGAUAUGCUGGAAGAACUGAGCUGCCUGACAACUUAAAAGUCUGUUUCAGACCAGUUGCUAUGAUGAUCCCUGACUAUGCCAUGAUUGCUGAAAUUAUGCUCUUCGCUGAAGGAUUUUCCAAUGCCAAGCCUUUGACUUCGCCUUUUAAUUGGAAGAAAAAAAUAAUUAAAUUCUCUAUUUAAAUUAACCUCCCUUUAUACAGGAAACAAAAUUUUUGGUUUCAAUUUAAAGGGGAGUGAGUAAAAAAAUGGUUCAACUCUAUAAGCUUGCCUCAGAGCAGCUUUCCCAACAAGACCAUUAUGAUUUUGGUAUGAGAGCUGUGAAAAGUGUCUUGGUUAUGGCUGGAGAACUAAAAAGAUCCAAUCCUCUUCUUAGUGAAGACCUUGUGCUAAUUCGCGCUAUGCGAGAUUCCAACAUCCCUAAAUUUUUAUCACACGAUAUUCCCUUAUUUGAAGCCUUAGUUAAAGAUCUCUUCCCAGAAAUCGAAAUAGGUGAGCCACCUUACGGCGAAUUAGACAAGCAAAUUACUGAUACAAUCGUAGCCCUCAGACUCCAAAAAGUAAAGCAAUUCGAAAAAAAAGUUAUGCAGCUAUUCGAUACCUUAUGUGUAAGAUUCGGAGUAAUGUUAGUCGGGCCAACUGGCAGUGGGAAAUCCACAUGUCUAGAGGUUCUCAGUAAAAGUCUUACUACUUUAUAUGAGAAAAAGUCCAAAGAUCCCAGGUUCCAAAAGGUUGAAAUGAACGUAAUGAAUCCUAAAUGUAUCACUAUGGGAGAAUUGUAUGGAGAAGUAAACUCUUUAACGCAAGACUGGAGAGAUGGGCUAGCAUCGAGGAUCAUGAGAGUUGCAGCCGCAGAUAAAACUGAAGAAAGAAAAUGGGUCAUAUUUGAUGGGCCAGUGGACUCGCUGUGGAUUGAAAACAUGAAUACUGUUCUUGAUGAUAAUAUGAUGCUUUGUUUAGCCAAUGGUGAAAGAAUCAAGUUGAGGUCGCAGAUGAGAAUUUUAUUUGAGGUCCAAGAUUUGGCUGUAGCUUCACCUGCAACAGUUUCUAGAUGUGGGAUGGUUUAUUUGUCACCUGAAGAUUUAGGCUGGAGACCAUAUGUUAUGACGUGGCUCCAUACAACAUUUGAAAACGAUGAAGUUAUUAACAAUGAAUUAAGAACCCACCUACAAAAAUUAUUGGAAUUCGCAUUGCCUGCUACUAUUAAAUUCAAAAAAAGUCUCCAAGAGCAAAUUCCUACUGUGGAAGUCCAGUGUGCUACUAAUACUUGCAGAUUUUUAGAAAUCUUUUUAAGCCCUGAAUCUGGGCUGAAAAUGCCUGAAGCCAUAGAAGACAAAACCAAACAGAUUACAGCAAUUUUUGUAUUUUCUUUAAUUUGGGGCAUGGGCGGAGCUCUUAAGUCAAAUUGCAGAGACAAGUUUUCUGACUUUGUCCGACAGCUAUUUUCUCAAACUAUUGCGUUGCCUAUUGCAGGAACACUAUUUGAUUACUAUUUAUCAGGCAGACAAUAUAAAAGCUGAACUGAAAAAGUUCCAGAGUUUAAUUUUGACCCAAAUGCUUCUUAUUUCUCAAUGGUGGUACCUACAGUAGAGACAACAACUUAUGAGUACCUAUUAUCAACAUUAUACCUUAAAAACAAGCCUAUAUUUUUUACUGGAGAAACUGGAGUCGGAAAGUCUGUCAUUAUUUCGACAUUUAUAUCAAAACUUAAAGCUGAAGGAGAAAUUGAGCCUGUUUUAAUGAAUUUUUCAGCACAAACAUCAAGUGUGCUAACACAGAAUUCAAUUGAAGCCAAGGUAGAAAGGAAAUCCAAAGGGUUUUAUUCAGCAGUUGGGCUUAAGAAAUUAAUGAUUUUUGUUGAUGAUGUAAACAUGCCAUCAGUUGAACUAUAUGGAGCUCAGCCGCCGAUUGAACAGUUGAGGCAGCUAAUUGGAUGUGGAGGGUUUUAUGACAGGCAUAAACUGUUUUGGAAAACUAUUGGCAAUUUUAUGCUUCUAUGUGCUGCUGCUCCUCCAGGAGGAGGAAGAAGCGAACUCACUCCGAGGUUUAUGCGGUUUUUCAAUUUAUUUAAUCUCCCAGAGCCAAGCACAAAUACUUUAACAACCAUUUUCGGAAGCAUUCUAAGUGGGUUUUUAGAAAUCGGGAUGACAGAUUCAGUAAAAAAGCUGGGAGAUGCUGUCGUUCACUCCACAAUUGACGUUUACUUCAGAAUUCUCCAAACUCUGAAGCCAACACCUACAAAGUUCCAUUACGUAUUCAACCUUCGCGAUGUCUCCAAAGUCUUUCAAGGCAUUUUAAUGGCAUCAUCCCGCUCCUUACCAUCUCCUGACCAUUUAGCCAGACUUUGGGUCCAUGAAUCCUGCAGAGUUUUCCAUGACCGCUUAAUAAAUAAUUCUGACAGACUCUGGUUCACAACCUUGCUAGUUGAGCAGAUAAACAGACCAUUUAAGAUGAACUGAACUCAUGAGGACUUGUUUGAAAAAAAAUCUAUUAUGUUUAGCGACAUUUUAAACCUAGCCAAGCCUGCAAUUACAUAUGAAGAAAUCACUGAUUAUAAGAAAUUGACUAAAGAGCUAUAUAAUAAAGUUGAUGAGUUCAACACUGGCAGCACCAAGAAAAUGCAGCUGGUGUUUUUCGAAAUGGCUGUCGAGCACGUACUGAGGAUUUGCAGAACACUAAGACAGCCAAGGGGGAAUAUUUUACUGAUAGGUGUCGGAGGUAGUGGAAAGCAAACAUUAUCGAUGCUGUCUUCUUAUAUUUUAGGCUAUCAAGUCUACAAAAUUGAAUUAACAAGAAAUUACGGAAUUGAUGCAUUCCGUGAAGAUUUGAAAAAAAUGAUGGACAUUUCUGGAGUCCAGGGCAAGCACUUAUCUUUUAUUUUCCCUGAUACUCAUAUCUCGAACGAAGGAUUUCUAGAAGAUAUCAACAGCAUUUUGAACACUGGCGAAGUCACCAAUCUGUAUCAGCCUGAAGACAUCGAUCAAAUCAUUGACAACUUGCGUCCAGAAGUUGUUGAAAAGAUGAGACUGCCAGAUUCAAAAGAUUUGAUUUAUUCUACUUUCGUGCAAAGAGUCCGAGACAGGCUUCAUAUUGUUCUGUGCAUGUCACCAGUUGGCGAGUCUCUGAGAAUUCGCUGCAGAAAAUUCCCAUCACUUGUAAAUUGUGCAACAUUGGACUGGUUUAACAAAUGGCCUCAGGAAGCCUUAUUGUCAGUUUCCUCGCAAUUUUUGCAAGAACUCACCACAACUGAUGAGAUGAAAAAAGCACUAUCUACUAUGUGUAUGGAAAUCCACACCUCAGUUGAAGAAUCUGCAGAUCAAUUUUUUGCUGAACUGAGAAGGAAAACAUAUACAACACCAAAAAGCUAUUUGGAUUUGAUUUCGUUUUAUCUGUCACAGCUGAAUAUCAAGCGAAAUCAAGCACAGUCAGCGAAAUCAAGACUGGAAAAUGGACUGAGCAAUUUAAAGCAAACCAGAGAUAUAGUAAAUCAACUACAAAAUGAUUUGCAAUUGAUGGCUCCUGAGCUAGAAAUUCAAAAGAAAAAAACUGAGCAGUAUCUCGUUGAGGUUCAAAAGGAAACAAAAGCUGCUGAAGUGCUUAGAGAGCAAGUCGAAAGAGAAAAAGAAGUCGUGAAUCACCAGAUGAUUGAGUGCAGAUCCAAAGCACUUGAAGCUGAAGAAGAGCUCAGCCAAGCUAUGCCAAUUUUAGAAAGAGCCAUGAGAGCGCUUGACAGCAUCAAUCCUAAAGAUAUUUUUGAAAUGAAAAACUAUAAAAAUCCGACCCCUGUCGUGAAAAUGGUCUUGGAAGCUGUGUGUAUAUUACUCAGUGAAGCUACAGACUGGCCAUCUGUGCAGCAUGUAUUAGGAAGAAUGGACUUCUUAGAAAGGCUUAGAACUUAUAAUAAGGAUGAUAUUCCUAAGCCAGCAUUAAGAAAACUGAGACACUAUUUGGCAAAGCCUGAAUAUGAGGUGGAGUUUGUAGGCACAAAAUCUCAAGCAGCCAAAUCCUUAUGCAUGUGGACUAUUGCAAUGAGUCAAUAUUCAGAAGCAUAUGAAAUAGUCAAGCCUAAGAAAGAAAGGGUGCAACUAAUGCAGGCUAAACUGGAAUCUGACAUGCAAAAGUUAAAAGAAAAAGAAGACGAAUUGAGGGGCGUUCAAGAAAAAGUGGAGAGGCUGCAAGAGGAUUGCAAUUUGACUCAGCAAAGAAUGGCUCAGCUUCAGCAUGACAUUGAAAUUACUCAAGAGAGACUUGUGAGGGCAGAAUUACUGCUUGAUUUAUUGGCUGAUGAAGGAGUGAGAUGGGAGCAGAACCUACAAACAUUAAAAGAAAGUAUUAGUGUCAUUAUUGGAAAUGUCUUUUUAAGUGCUGCUAUUGUCUCUUACUUAGGACCUUUCACAGGGGAAUACCGCAAAACUCUUACUCAGAAAUGGAUAGCAAGAUGCAAUGAACUAAAAAUCCCUUGCACACAAGAUUUCACCCUGGAAGGAAUUUUAGGGGAUAAGCUUACUAUUCAAGAUUGGAAUAUUGCUGGACUUCCUAGUGAUAGUGUUUCAGUUGAAAAUGGGAUCAUUGCUACAAUAUCUCAAAGAUGGCCACUUAUGAUUGAUCCACAAAUGCAGGCUCACAGUUGAAUCAAAAAUAUGGAAAAAGCGAGGAAACUAAAAAUAAUGAAAAUGAAAAGCUAUGAUGAAAAUGAUGAAAAAGGUAAAAAAGAAGCCAAAGAAAUGAUGAGAAGCUUAGAAGCUUGUAUCACUAAUGGAGUGCCAAUACUGUUUGAAGACAUAGGAGAAGUUCUCGAUCCUUCAGUUGAACCUAUAAUAGCUAACUCCCCCCCCCCCCCCCCCCUCCGUGAGCGAACAAAACCAUUAGAAAAAUCGCCAUUUUUUGACCAAAAAACCCACCCUCCGUGAGUGAACAAAAAUUUUUUUAAUAGAAAAAAUUUUAAUGGAAAAAAAAUUUUGAUAUAUAAGUGAUAAUUAGUAUAAUGAAAUCUAGAGCUAAUUCUGUUUAAUUUUAAACAAAUUGCGUUUUAAAAACAUAAAUUUUGCAAAUUAAAUUAAUAUUUGCUUCCCAAUUUUUGCAAAUUAGGAUUUUUUUAAAUUUCGAAAAAAAUAUUUUUUAUAAAAUUUAUAUAUAAAUUUUUUUUAAAAAAAAAAAUUAACCCCCCUCCGUGAGCGAACAAAAUUUUUUUGUUCGCUCACGGAGGGGGGGGGGGAGAGUAAGCAAAUCUAUAAGCACACAGAUGGAAGAUUACUUGUCCACUUACUCCUACCCUUAUCGGCGAGCUAGAUCAUUAGAAAAAUUCCUAUUAUUAGUGAACAAAAAAACUCUUUAAGCAAGCCAAUUUUUUUUUCAUAUAAAAAUUUUAUUAAAAAAAUACUUUAAUAUGUAAAUGAUAAUUAUUAUAAUGAAAUCUUUAGCUAAUUCUAUUAAAUUUAGCAGCUUGCAUUUCAAAACGUAAAUUUUACAAAUUAAAUAAAUUUUUUUUUAAUAAAAUUUUUGCAUACUGAUUUUUAUUUCAAUUUCAAAAAAAAUUAUAAAAUUUAAAAAUAAUAUUAGAAACAAAUUUGUUGCACACACAGAGUAGUGGGAAUUAGGAGAAUCUGAUAUUAAUUAUGAUGAAGGCUUCCGUUUAUAUCUUACCACCAAGUUGCCAAACCCUCACUAUUUACCAGAAGUUUGCAUAAAGGUAAACAUCAUUAACUUUACUGUCACUUUUGCAGGGCUUGAAGAGCAAUUACUGGCAGACGUCGUGAAAAUUGAAAACAAUGAAGUGGAACAGCAAAAAACUCAGCUUAUCAUACAGAUGGCGACUGACAAUAAAAGACUUGUAGAUAUCCAAAAUUCUAUACUGCAGCUCAUUGCUGACAGCUCUGGAGGAAAUAUUUUGGAUGAUCGAAAGCUUAUAGCAACUAUGCAGCAGUCUAAAUCUACCUCAAAAGAUAUCACGCAAAGAGUCAAAGAGUCUUCAACAAUCGAACAAAAUCUAAAUCUAGUGAGAGAACAGUAUAGAGGAGCUGCAACCAGAGGAGCAAUUUUAUAUUUUGUAGUCGUAGAGCUUGCUGGAAUAGACCCAAUGUAUCAGUAUUCUCUUGUUUAUAUGAAAAAAUUAUUCAGUUACUCUAUUGAGAAUUCAGAAAAAACAAAGGAUAUAUCCAAAAGAAUACAGAUUGUGCUGGAAGCUAGUACAAGAAAUAUUUAUACAAAUAUUUGCAGAGGGCUAUUUGAAACUCAUAAGCAAAUUUUUUCAUUUUUAAUAACAACAGCAAUACAAAGAAAAGAAGGGAUAAUCCCAGCUGCAGGCUGGAAUCUAUUGCUAAUUUCGCAAUUUACAUAAAGAGCAAAGCAAAAUUUUUUUUUAUUAUCUUAUUCAUCAAGAGUUAAAUUGAAUUGGAAUAUUUCAGAUGAGUUUCAUUAAUAUGUCGUUCUAAAUAUUCCUUUAAUAAAAAAAUUAAUUGAAAAAGAUAAAAAAAAAUAAUAAGAGUUCCUUAUAUCAACUAUUUUGGCUAUUUAUUACUAAAAAUAGAAAAAUUAAUUUGAAAGCAGAGAGUAAGAGGAGCUGGACUUAUGACAGGAAAACUUCCAGAUAAUCCUGAUCCUGCUUUGAUAGGAAAAGCGAGCUGGGAGUUACUAAUAGCAUUAGAAAAGACAUUUCCAAACUUAGUGGGACUGACAAAGAGCAUAGCUUUAAAUUUGUCAUUGUGGCGAGAAUAUGCGGGUUCUCAAGAUUUAUAUCAGACUCCUCUCCCGCUAGACUGGGAAUCAAAAAUAGACCCAUUUUUCAAGCUAAUUAUUGUCAGAAGUUUCAGAACUGAUAAACUAUUAUUAGCCUUUACAGCAUUUGUAAGUAAAACCCUUGGCUCAUUCUUUGUAGAGAGCCCAUCAGCUACAAUGGAAAGCCUUUUUGCAGACAGUGAUAACCGAACUCCUAUCAUUUUUGUUCUAUCUCAAGGAGCCGAUCCGACUGUAUCCUUAAUGGCAUUUGCUCACCAAAUGGAGUUUACAGAUAAAACUUCAAUUAUUUCAUUAGGCCAAGGCCAAGGACCUCGAGCUCAAGAAGAAUUAAUCCACUGCAAAAAAACUGGCCGAUGGCUUGUUCUACAAAAUUGCCAUUUAGCUAAGUCAUGAAUGCCUUCCCUAGAAAAACUAGUUCAGGAUUUGCAAGAAGAAACCAAUAUUUCUCCUUCGUUCCGAUUCUUUUUAACAUCAAUGCCAGCAGAUUAUUUCCCUGUGAGUGUAUUACAAAAUGGCCUAAAAAUCACAACAGAGCCCCCAAGAGGAAUAAAAGCAAACAUGAAAAAGUCAUAUGCAGAAAUAUCUGAAGAAAAUUUAGCUGAUAGCAGUAAGCCACAAAUAUGGAGAAAACUGUGCUUUGGGUUAACCUUUUUCCAUGCAGUUAUACAAGAAAGAAGAAAAUUCGGCCCAUUAGGAUUUAAUAUCAGAUAUGAGUUUAAUGCAACCGAUUUGGAAACAUCUAGAAAGUUUUUGAAGAAGUUUUUAGAAGAACAGGAAGAAGUCCCAUGGGAUGCUUUACUGUACUUGACUGGACAUAUUAACUAUGGAGGAAGAGUGACUGAUGAUUGGGAUAGAACUUGCUUAUUAUCGACCUUAAAAAAAUUCUAUACACCUGACAUAUUGGAGGAGGGCUACAUCUUUAGUGAAAGUGGGACUUAUUUGGCUCCUGUAGAUGGCAAUCUAGAAUCAUAUAAGAAGUAUAUAGAAAAUUUACCCACAAACGACCUUCCAGAAAUAUUUGGGCUCCAUGAAAAUGCGAAUAUUUCUUAUCAAACCCAAGAAUCAGAGAAAGUCCUAGCAACAAUCCUUUCUAUACAGCCUAGAGAGGCCGGAAAUUCUGGAGGAAAAUCAAACGACGAGAUAGUCACUGAGUUCGCUGAUUCUGUUAUAGCUACAAUUCCUGAGCCGUUGGACAUAAAAUCAGGGCACCAUGACUUAUUUGUGAAAGCUGAGUAUGAUCUGAUUCCUUCAUUAACAACUGUCCUGCUGCACGAAGUGGAAAGAUUUAAUAAGCUCCUAGUAAAAAUGCAGAGAUCGCUAAUAGAGUUGCAGAGAGCUAUAAAGGGAGAAGUUGUCAUGUCUCAGGAGCUUGAUGAAAUGUAUUCAUCCAUAAUAAAAUUCCAAAUCCCAGGGAAUUGGAGAAAAGUCUCAUAUCCUUCACUUAAACCUUUAGCAAGCUGGGUCGAAGACUUAAAGGCAAGAGUGGCAUUCAUGGAUGAUUGGCUUAAGCGAGGCAACCCAACCUGCUAUUGGCUUUCAGGAUUCUUUUUCCCGCAGUCGUUUAUUACAGGAACUUUGCAAACUUAUGCUAGACGGUAUAAAAUUUCGAUUGAUAAAGUAAGAUUUAGCUUUACAGUGACAGAUAAAGACAAAGAAGACAUUUCACAGAAUAAUUUUGACGGAGUCUUUAUAUAUGGAUUAUACUUACUCCCACCCUCUCCGUGAACAAUCCAAAAAAUUUUGUUUGAUUAUGUUAAGGGUAAUUUUUUUUCAAAUUUGAAAUAAUUUAAACAAAUAUUAAUUUUAUUUAUAAAAUUUAUGUUUUGAAAUAGCAUUUGGUAAAAUUAUCCAGAAUUAGCUUGAGAUUUAGUUAUCACUUAUAUAUUAAAAUUUUUUUAUAAAAAAUUUUGAUAUAUUAAUAAAAUUUUCGUUCACUCACAGAGGGUGGGUUCUUACUCAAAAAAUAGGGAUUUUUCUAAUGGUUUUGUUCGCUCACAGAGGGAAGAAUUAGAUGGAGCAAGAUGGGACAGGGAUUAUAAGAUGCUGACAGACCAGCUGCCAGGAGAGCUUUACUCAAAAAUGCCUGUCAUUCAUUUUCUACCUUCAGACGACUACGAGACUUCCCCACAAGAUUAUCAAUGUCCAAUAUAUAAGACUUCAGUAAGAGCUGGUGUGCUAUCAACUACUGGGCAGUCCACGAACUUUAUUUUGGCAAUUGAUUUGCCUACAGAAGAGUCUCCAGAGUAUUGGACUUUGAGAGGUGCGGCUUUAUUGUGCCAGCUUAAUGAUUAA